CAAUCCACUCGUGUUCGCUGCGCUGUGGAUUGUGCGCCACAGCAGACCAGGACAGGGGCAGACAGUAGCAGUAACAGCAGCGGCAGCACAUUCUGUGUUAACGGAGGACGACUCUUCCCACUCCCUUUGGUCUACUGCAGUUUUGUGCAGAGUCCUGCAAACUGCGCGUGCACCUUUGCGCCGGUGCAUCCGUGAAAAUAUCAAGAAUUUUGUUUCUCGAGGAGCGAAAACAUUUCCGUUUUUUUCUGAAGCUGCACAGUCUCCGGGGUAGUGAAGUCGGUUGUUUUAACCCCCUUCACCCUGAGACGCACAAAAGACGCACGCACUUCCAAGUCCACCUGGAUAGCUGAGGAAGCGGUCCGGUCCUGCUCGAGGUCCAGCGGGGAGAGACGGAGAGGAGAAGUUAGCGCGGAAGGAAAGAGGAAGAAAGACAGAGAGGAGACAGGAUGAAUCUCAAGAGCAAUUUGAUUUUCACCCUCUACACCAUAUACGGGAUUCUUCUCAAAGGCGUCAGCGGUCAGUACCCCCUGGUCCAGAAUAUGACGGUGACAGAGGGUGGGACGGCAAACCUGACCUGCCGUGUAGAGUACAAUGACAACACCUCCCUCCAGUGGUCAAACCCAGCACAGCAGACCCUGUUUUUCGGGGACAAGAAAGCUUUAAGGGACAACAGGAUCGAGCUGGUGCGUGCAACGUGGUCAGAGCUUACCAUCAGUAUCAGUGAUGUCACGCUGUCCGAUGAAGGCAUGUACACGUGUUCCCUCUUCACCAUGCCAGUCAGAACAGCCAAAGCCUACCUGACUGUUCUGGGUGUUCCUGAGAAGCCAGAGAUCGACGGCCUGACGAAGCCUGCCAUGGAGGGAGACCACAUCACUCUGACCUGCAUCACUCAGGGCAGCAAGCCCGCCGCCGACCUGCGCUGGUUCAGGAACGAGAAGGAGAUCAAAGGUGCCAAAGAGGUGAACGCAAGUGGGAAGACAUUCACGGUACGGAGCUCUCUGCAGCUGCACGUGGACAGAAAUGAUGAUGGAGUGGCCUACACCUGCAAAGUGGACCAUGUGGCUCUCUCACAGACACCACAGCAGGCCACUGAAGUACUGGAGGUCCACUACGCUCCACGUGUACAGAUCAUCGCCCCCCUCAGUGUCCCUCAGGAGGGUCAGUACUUAAAGCUGGAGUGCGUCUCUAAAGGAAACCCCUCGCCGGAUCCUGUGAUGUGGACAAAAGACGGCACUGAACUUCCUGACCUUGACAGGAUUAUUGUAGAGGGGAGAGAGCUCACCUUUACUUCACUCAACAAGACAGACAAUGGCACCUACCGCUGCGAAGCAACCAACCACCUAGGGACCAGCAGUGCUGACUAUGUACUCUACGUCUAUGACGCCCCCACAACCCCGCCUCCAUCCACCACUCCCCCCCUACAUCCCAUCCCUCCAGAUCCUACCGCUCUAUUAGGCACCCACGCCUCAGACCCCACAGUCACUGGCAACAGAGAUCCAAAUGCGGUGGGGCAGCACGGCACUGACCAUGCCUUGAUCGGAGGAGUGGUGGCUGUAGUGGUCUUUGUAACCUUGUGUUUAAUCAUCGUUCUGGGAAGAUACCUGGCCAGGCAUAAAGGAACAUACUUGACAAACGAGGCCAAAGGAGCGGACGACGCGCCCGAUGCCGACACAGCCAUCAUCAACGCCGAGGGCAACCAUGCGCACGCAGAGGAAAAGAAAGAAUACUUCAUUUAGACUGCAGGGGGGGCUGUGCUGCUCAGCUCCUUCCUCCCUACUCCUCUUUCAAUAUCUGUAUCUUUCUCUCUCUCUUUCUCUCUCUCUCCUCUCUCUCUGUCUCCCCUCGUUUUCUCUGCACCUCUCAACACUGCCCCCGCUGGUCAAUGAGAAAUCUGCAGGCAGUCCACAGAUGGAGAGGUUCCCCGAGUGUUUUCCUGUGAUUGCCUAUUUUUAUUUUUUAGCCCAAUUCUUUCAUUUACAUCUUUAUUUCUCUUUUGUUUUCUCUGCAGCCAGUGUUCACGGCAGCUUGAACUUUCUCCCUUUUCAUAUUUUGUUCUUCAUUUCCGACAUGAAUGCCUGGAAGUCUGUAUAUCUACCAUGUCUGCUUCUUACAUGAGCCCUUGUUUCCCCCUCCAAUCAGACACGUACUAGAUCCUCCUUUGUUCACACACGGCCACAAACACAUAUCAUAUCUCACAUCAACACGGUGCCUAAAAACACAGACGCCAUUGAACUCCUGUCAAUGCCUUCAUGUAUCGUCUGUCAGUUGCAAUGUAAAUGCUUCUUCUUCUUCUUCUUCUUCUUCUUCUUCUUAGAUGGUUCACCAACCAUCGUCUCAUCGCUUAGCUCACGGCUUUUGAUUAUGCAUCGCGUCUUUUUUUAUUUGAAUGAAGAUCUUUGCUGUUUACGCCUUAUACAUGUCUAUCACACUGAAUAUGGUACUUUUAGAUGCUCCACCUCCCCCCGAACGUCGCCCCCUCUCUAAAUAGACUUGUAAUUAUUGACCCUUGUAAGAUAAGAAGAAGGUUUUGUGUAACACUGUAGCAAGGUUUGUCAGAUAAGUGUAUAAUAUGAUUUUGUUUUCCUUUUAGGGUAGGGGUAAUAAAGGGUUGUGUGGUAUUGUUUAGAGCAGAGAACACACACACACACACACACACACACAAACACACAGAGAUACUAGGUCCAUCAAAUAAACUCAAUCAAGUAUAUAAAACCAUUUGCUAAACCUGCUGUCACAAUGUACUUUUGUCUGUAUAUUCCUGCACUGUCCAGGCUGCAGUUUUUAGCAAAACACCACCACCUUCAGCUCACAGUAGGUCGUGAUUCACAGAAAGGGUUCAGGUGUACAGAAAGAGUUGAUCUCCUCACUUUUAAAAGUUGUACAAAUUGUAUUGAAAUGAGUUUGGCUUUUCUCUUUGAAUUAUCUUGUUUUUGUUUCCGUCCCAUUGGGAUCACUUUAAGGCUUUAGCAGCCCCGGGUAUUGUACCAUUAAGAGUUUAAGUGGGACUAAAAAAGGUACACAGUUACAGUAUGUAUAGGAAAUUUGAUGUUGAAUUAAUUUGAAUUCUUUGAAUAAUGUAAGUUUGAUUGAUACCUCUUGUAAGCUUGAGGUCCAGGCAGCUUUCUAAAGUGGUUUGUGCACAAAUGUCUGUUAAUUUCCUGGCUAACAGAUAAGCAUCCAAUCAUAGUAUUACUUUAUAAAACAGUAACGACAUCCGUUUGACUUCUCUUUUUGUUGGUAUCACCACCUCCAAAUUUUUAACAAUGCAUUUGAGCUGCCAACACGUGGUUCAAUCCAAUCUCAUAAACUCAGUUUUAUCACCCCCAAUGAACCGGACUCUGGUUUCCAUUUGAUAGAGUGUUAUAGCUAAAAAAAAAAAUUAAAAAAAAAGAGGAACUAGGGAGUGAGUGUCGGGCCAUAGAUCUGCAUGGGCCUCCAAAAACUGACGACAAACAGAGAAGCACAAACGACUGAAUGAGUAACUGUGUUCCUUUGCCAACAACCAGAUCGCCUUGAGAACGGUUCUUCUAUUCACGCUGGUAGCAGAAAAGCAACAAGGCUGUCACUGAUUCAGUUCUUGAUUUAAAAAAAAAAAGCAGUGCAUCUUUUUAAAAAUGUUAGCUAAAUUAUGUUUUUUAAAGAAAAAAAAUGUCUCUAAUGUUUUUGGUUUAAUGGUUCUACGCUCCCUGCUGUAUAUUGUGUCUGCUCAAAUGUGGUUGAUUGUGAAAAUUUGCUGGUAAAAUUCUGGAUUCCCUCAAAUUUGUAUAUUAGCCACUUUAUCUUCAUAGUUUUUUUUAAUCAUUUUUCAUUGCAUAAUUCUUAUUAGGAAACUCUGAAACCAAUGUAUUUUUUGUUUUGGCACAAGGCAUGUAUAUAAUGUGUGAAAACUAAACUUUGGUAAUAUACAUUGGCAUGUUUUCGUUUGGUUCUUUUUCAUGUUUAAUUUAUUGUAACUGAAGAAUUUUACACGAGAACCACGAGGAAAGUAUAUAUUGGUUUUGUUUGAAAAGUUGUGUUAGUGGCUGUUUGGUGCUACAGAUGGGAAGGAUUUGAGUUGAACAAUGAUUAACAUAAAACACAGAAGAAAAAAAUGAAGACUCUCAAAGACAAAUUGGAAAUGAAAUGCAUUCAAAGACAUAAUUCCUUCAUUUCUGAAGCAAUGAAAGUUUCCCCCGCACAAAGAAACUUCAACACAUACUUGUAAACAACUUUCUUUUCAUAUAUCCCUGCCGUUCAUCUUUUGUUGGUUUGCAGGAAUGCGUCUGAUUUCCUCUCCUGUGAAGGGGCGAUGAACACUGUGGCCUCUGGAACUUAAGACUUAAAGGCAAGGCACUAAUCUGCUAAGAGGGAGCAAAUUAUUACCAAGGGCAAUAAAACAGUGGGCCCAGCUGUCUCCAAUUCGACGGCCAAUUUACAACAUUAUGCAAAUAAGGUCAGCGAGUAAGGUCUUUCUCUGCGUCAGAACUCGAGCACUGCUGGAGUGAGUUUGGGAAUCAUUAGAUCGAUCACUUCGGUUUGAGGCCUGUCACCUCUGAUGUAGACUUUGGGUUGCAUAUUACAUUUUAAGUAGGUGGAUUAUUUGCUUUUAAAAUGCAGAAGCUUUGCCACAGUUUUCAUAUCUGACAGUUUUAGUGCACUUCAAUCAUCAUACCUUUAUUACCAGGUUACCACAAACAGUAGAUCCAAGCUGAGGAGUUCUGUCCUGGCUCUGGUCUUUAGAAACCUCCGUGUGUAUAGAUCCAUAUAUCACAAUGAUGUAAUGUCUUUUUACUUUCUAUUUAGCUCUUUUCAUUGUGUCUUAAUUUUAAUGAUGGUGUCAAUCUUUUUAUUUUAAUUUGCUCCAUGUGUAUCCAUCUUGAAGAAUGAGCAAGCGGUCGAAUCUGUUUGUUGAUUCUGAAGUCAGAGAAACAGGCUGUUUUCUGUUUUGUAUCAGACGAACACUCAUAAAUAACCAGGUCACGCUGAUGAGUCCGGGUUCACGUUGGAAAUGAAACAGGUGCCAUUUACUGAAUUAUGCACUCUGAUUAAUUUGAUGGAUAUUCCUUAGUAAAUGGUGAAUGUGUUUUUUGUUUGUCUUUCUGAAGAACCACGUGUAAAUAUCUGUUUUGACACAACAGUAAUGAGCUAAUUUGCUGCAAAUGGCUUUGUAUGAUAGUUAGACCAAACCUGAAUCUUUUUUAAUUUGUUGUUUUAACAGCCUGGCACAUACCAUCAUGCACUAUUUUACUAUGAUAGCCUGUAGCUCUGUGACAGCUUGGGGUCAGUUAUCAGUCCUUUUUCUUUUUUUUAUGGUUGAAACUAAGCUUUAAACUUGUUGCCUCUUUACUCACCAACACACAGUGUAUCUGUUAUAUCUGAUAUCUGGAUAAUAUCAAUAAAAUCAUGGGCCUCUAAUUUCA